UGGCGUAUUGACGUGUAAGGCCAUUCCGUGUGUGUCUUUUUUUUUAUUUUCCCAUUUGUGUCUCCCUUUUGCCGUCUUUUUGUGUGGUGCCGUUGUUCAGCUUUUGUGCCCGAACCGAACAGAAAUUAGUGAAACGAAGAUGAAUUGAAAAGUGCGACUUUUACGAAUGGCCUCGGGAAAGGGUUGAACCGAUUUCUACGCGUGUGAACUUCGUAUGUGACACGGUCUCGAACAUUCGUGAGCUCGUGCGUGCGCAUUUGUCUCUUUGUACGAAUAUAUUGCUGGUAUAUGUUUGUGUAUGUGUGUGAUUGCGUUAAGAACGUGUCCAACUUCGCUUAAAAAGGUUCCCGCAAGAGGAAGAGAACAAGAAAUUACCAUAAAGGAAGCCUCCCCGAGGGAGAGAAGCUUCCAGCUUCCAGUAGUGUUCGCACAGUUGGGCCGUCGGGUUCGGAACAGGGGAUUAUCGAUUUCGGCCAACGAGAAGCCGAAGAGACUUGAACGCCAGCGAACCGACAGCGAACCUCUCGCUGCCAAAGUCGUUCGAAGUGACUAAGCCGCGCUGCUGGAGCCAAGGCAAAGAAGAGUGCAGAAGAGUUGCGACAAAGGGACAGAGUGCGACAAGAACCUCUCCAGCCAAGUGAGUGAGUGGUGUGUCCGCGGAAGCUGUGUGCAACCGGAGAGAGGGGAUGAGACAGAGAGAGCCGUUUGCGGUGCUCCUCUCCUCGUGUGAUGAUUUACCCGGAAAGCGUUAAUCUUCUGAAUGAACCAUUGAAGGAGAAGGUGGAGAGGCCAAACGAAGAAGGUGGUGAAGACGAAGACGAGUUGAGUCAGACGAAGAAGCCAGACGAGGGCUCGAGGGAUGAGGUAACCAACACUAGUGUGCCUCCACGAAGAAAAAGAAGACAACAACGGCAAACGGUUGCUGAUGGUCAACGGCAGCAGCGCUUCAACUACUUUUGUUGAGCUAUUAAACAAAACAAAAAAAAACACAACAACUCAGCAGUGGCUGACUGACCCGAACCCCCCUUCGAACUCGAAACGACGACGACGACGACGGUGGCGGUGAAAUUUGAGAACUCGAGAUUGGCCCUCUCGCGGUGGUGGUGAAUCUUCGGGGGCCAACUCUUCUCCGCGGGAGCAUCGUGUGGUAGCACAGCAGCGCAUUAUCAAAACAAAAGUUAAAUAAAACAGAGUAGGAAAAAAAAGAGUCCAGAGAGAAAGAGCAAUCGAGGAGAAAAGAUCAGGAAGCGAACGGAAAAGCAAUAAACAAAGAAGGCAAACCUUUAAAGUAGGGGCAGCGCACAUUGCCUCACAAUAAACAUACAUACAUACAUUCACACACACAGACUAGUUUUGAGAGACGUCUUGUGGUGUGUGGUAGUGAUUCAUCUUGUGGUAAAACUCGUAAAACUGUGUGUCGUGAACUCGCCAAAAUUAGCGUACGGCUUACGUUUUUUCUCUCGUCUGCCGAGGUGGAUAGUGUGUGACGGAGGAACACUUCCGGAAAGGGCGAACACACACACACGCUGCCUUCAAUAUGAUGGUCUACUCGGAAGAACCCAUCUGGCCGAUACCGCACAUUCCGGCGCUGUACGACGACGGAGAUUACGGUGUCAAUGUCGUCGAGGCGCUGCAAGAGUUCUGGCAGAUGAAGGCAGCGCGGGGAGCCGACCUGAAGAAUGGCGCCCUUGUGAUAUACGAAUCGAUCCCGUCCACGAGUCAACCGUACGUCUGCUACGUCACCUUGCCCGGCGGCAGCUGUUUCGGAAGUUUUCAGAAUUGUCCCACUAAAGCCGAAGCCCGACGAUCAUCCGCCAAGAUAGCUUUAAUGAAUUCCGUAUUCAACGAGCAUCCGUCCCGCCGGAUCAGCGAUGACUUCAUCGAGAAGGCGGUCCUGGAGGCGCGGGCGUCCUUCAAGGGGGAAAACACAGAAGAGGACGGACCGGACACGGGAAUCGGUGCCUUCAGGUUCAUGCUGGAAACCAACAAAGGACGAACGAUGCUCGAGUUCCAGGAGCUGAUGACCGUCUUCCAGUUGCUCCACUGGAACGGUUCGCUCAAGGCUAUGCGCGAGAGGCAAUGUUCCCGGCAGGAGGUGGUCGCACACUACUCGAACCGCUCGUUGGACGACGAAAUGCGCCAGCAGAUGGCGCUGGACUGGAUCGAGCGUGAAAACGAAAACCCCGGACUGCUGAGUAGGGAGCUGGCGAUCGCCGAAAGAGAACUAGAGACUGCUCGGCUGGCAGGACGAGAACUGCGGUUCCCCAAGGAGAAGAAGGACAUCCUCCAGAUGGCGCACAACCAGCUCAACGUUGGCAGCAAUAUCAACAGUUGAACAGCAGGGCACGUGGUGUUUUUGAGUAGACAUUAGUUGAUGUAGGAUCAAAAUUCGAUUAAGAUAUUUGUAUUCCAAGAAGUGCAUCUUUUGCUAUGAUUGCUCUUUGUAUAACAAUGACAUUGGUCUCGUGCUUGCUUUUUGGAAUCAUAAAAUGUGAAAAUUCCUUAUUAAUUUAACGGAUUUGUUUUUAUGCAUUAAUGAUUACGUUUUUUGUUUGAUAUAUAGUUUUAUUGUAGAAGCAAACGAAGCAAGCAACAAGAUAACAUUUUCGAAUAACUUAUAAUCAAUAACGAUCAACCAGAACAUAAGCUCAAGUAAAUGUGAUUUUUAUUUCCAUACUUAUACGACAUAAAAGUAACAUUCCAUAGCCGGUAUAACUGUAAACAGCAUUUUUAAUUGGUGGUGGGGUUAAUUUGUUUACAAAUUGUCUACUUUUUAUGCUCUAAUCCUUUUUUUUAACCUAUCACUACUACUCGAUGCUUCAACUACAAUUAUAAUAGCAAACAAAAUCUACAAAAUAUUCCCAUCUAUAGUAAUGACAGCACAAGCAAUAGUUAAGAAUAGCAUAUAAUCGAGAAGGAAAAAUUAAUAAAACAAAAAUAAACACAUAGACAAUAGUACCAACCCAUACUAAUGUACAUACAAUAAGCGUCAGCCUGUUUGUUGAUCUGAACUGUUUCAUUACAGCUUUUUUUUACUUUACCUACCACAUAUCAAACCUGUAUCUUUUAGAAGAUUUUAAUAAGACACAACCAAGACACACAACCUGAGGAAAACUGUAAGAGCAAUGUUGCAUUCUUGAGGCAAAACAAUUUUUAUC